AUGACUAUAAUGGAAUAUAAUAAUUCUGAAUAUUUUACAGUGAAAAGUACAAGGACUCUUGUAUACUUCUGCAUGAAGAACAGACCACCUGAUGAAGAAGAAUUUCAGGGUACACUGUUGAAUGUAGUUGACCAUUACAAGGGAAAUCAUGUCAGAUGCCAUGCGGAGUCACGGUGCAAGCAGAAUGGCUAUGUGAUGAGCAAAAAACUUUUAACUAAACCUGAAGUAGUAGCUGCAUGCAGGGAAGCCAUUAUGGGCACUUCAAUUUAUGGGCAUGCAUCGGACUACAUGCGGUGCAGGGAAACAUAUUGGAUUGAGUCUCUCCAUUCAGUGAUGCUCAUUUAUGCUGCAAAGCGGAUUCAUUAUGGGGAUGACACAUACAACAUGUGCAUGGAGUUAGCCAUUCUUGAUUGGAAUGAAAAUGUGAAUCGAGAAGCAUCGUCUCUACAGAUGUACCAACAUACCAGGCAUCCAAACUGCUUGGCAGAGACCAGGGUGCUUACUUCAAAGACAUUUAAUUUCAGAGAAACUAUCUGGUCUACCUUUUUUAAUAUAAACAAAUGAUGUCUCUUCUGUUUUCCAUUGCACCACAGUUUCUGUGAUAAUUACAACUAGGAGCCCAAAUGUUCAGUAUUAAUAUGUGAGGUCAUUAGGGAGGACCAAUUCUAACAACUGCUGGUACCAAGCAAUGAAAACAUGAAUAUUAAGUUUGACACAAGGUAUUUCCAAGCAGACUCAUUCUCUGUUUCCUCCUGUUACUUUUCUUUGCACUGUAUAUCUUUUCCUAACCUAUAGGAAAGUCACUAUAAUUUGCUGUGUGGACAUUGUAAAAUGGACCAUAAAAAAAAUUGGGUACUUGGGCUCUCUUUGAGGUGGGCAUUUGUAUGAGAAUUUUAUCAUUCCCUUUUAUGCCCCAUAUAGGCAAUACCAGGAGGGUUAGGAAACCUUGAGCUCACAUCUUUUAUAACACAAUUGGGCAUCCUUUCCCGCACUGCAUUAACGUGGUCCCCCAGUUCGACUUUUCUAGCCUGGUAAAGAGGGUCUUUCCAGAGCCCACAUUUGUUCAAUGCUCUCCAGUACGUCUUCUAAUCUUUUCUACG